AUGGACGCCGACAAGGACGAGCGCGGCCGCGCCGAGACGAUGGUCCCACAGGAUGCGACCCGCAAGAGCACCGAGACCAAGGACGAUGGUGGAAUCGUCGUGAAGAAGGAGAACUUCAAGAUGCCAAGCUUCCAUGCGCUCUUCAAGGACAAGGUGCCGAGCCAUGAGAAGGCAAAGCUCGUGGACGACGCGGUGACAAAGCUCUCGAAGCGGUCGUCGGAGCGAGCCAUGCGCGCCGACGUCGUCGAAGGCUACAUGCGCGUGUACCUCAAGAAACAGGACAAGAACCUCUUCUUUCUCGGCAAGUCGCGCUACUACGUUGUCGUGAACGCAGAGAGCCCUGGCAUGGAGAUCUUCACGAACGAGUCCAAGACAACGUCCAUCUACAUUCUCUCGCUCUGCAAGGCAACGCUGAGCUACGACCCACGCGACGACAGUACCAUCACCGACAACAUGUUUACCAUGAACGUCCAAGCCUGGACGAAGCGCACGACGAUCCACUAUCGGCCGCAGACAUUUGCGUUUCGCGAAGAGAAGCCCGAGCGAGCGCUUCUAUGGGUCAAGUGCAUUAGCCGCGCGAUCCUCCAUGCGGCCAAGCGAGGGGACGACGGCGUCGUCGGGGCCGACAUUGUUCGCCCCGGCAUGGGCCUUAGCUCGUACCACAUCGCGGACGAUGGAUGCAUGAGCAACGAGUCGGACCUGGAAGAAGAAGAGGCACCGCGCUCGUCGCGCGCGUCGUCUGGCGAUGAUGCAGCGAUACACCCGGCGGUUGAGACCUGCGCUGAAGAGCUUUGGGCCGGCUUCAACCUCAACAAGCUCAACCCGUUUUCGCCGUCGUCGAAAACGCCUCCGAGCGCUAGGGCCAGCGACGCUGCGCUCUCGCCAACGGUCGUGUCGCCGUCCAGCGAAUUGGCCAAGGCCAAGGUCAAGCUCCAGUUUCCCUCCAUCUUGGCGCCAAACAACACGGGGGAGAAGACCAAGUUCUUAAUCUCCAAGAGUGGCAACAGCCCCAUGGCGCUCCUCAACCGAGCGAUACAUCCACGCAAGUCCAAGCUCUCGUCCGACGCCACGUCCGACGCCCGACCGAGCAUGCCACCAGCGCUCGUUCUGCUGGAAGAUCGCAACGAGCUCAUGCGCCAGCGCAACUUUGACAAGGUUGUGCUCGACCAAAAGACAACGGGCGUCGCGCCCAUCGUGCCAAUGCACAGUUUCUGGGCCGCUUGUUAUCGUCGCGUGUGGGCGAUGGCGGCGUCCAUCUCGCACAAAUGCGGUGGCCUCGUCCUUAGCGCUCUCUCGGGCGCGUUAGGUCUCUCUGUCGUAUGCCCCGUCGCGCUCGCGGGCUUUUACGCUGCCAACGUAGUCUACACCACGAGCUACUGGCAUUUGUUGGCCAUGUUCCUCGCGGUGCACACGAUGGCUCUCUUUGGACUCGCCCCUGGCGUUGGCAUGCUGCUCGUGGUCUUGCUGGGAUGGAACUUUGCAGAGGAGAAGGACGUGCGACGCAAGAGUCUUCGCGCCGAGGCCCUCCACAUGACAGCGGCUGAGAAGGCCAACUACCACAACUACCCGUCGAUUGAGUUUCCGAGCUGGGUCAAGUUUUCCGACGUCGAGCGCGCCGAGUGGCUCAACAAAGCGAUUGAGCGCGGCUGGCCGUACAUCAAGGUGGCCAUGCGGAACUCGAUGAUGAGCUCGUUGAAUCCCGUCUUGGACUCGAACAAGCCCACGUUCAUCUCGGCGUUGUCGCUUAUCAAUGUCGACAUGGGCUCGUCACCGCCGUCGUUUGGUGGCAUCAAGUGCAUUCCCUCGGAUGAUGCGCUUCCCGACGGUCCCGUCUCGGAAAUCUCGUGGGACGCCGAGGUACGCUUCGCAGCGGGCGACGACCAGCUUGCAGAGAUCAAGGUCGCCCAUCAACUGGGCGCGGCGGCGCGUGUGCGCCUGAAGGACCUCGUCGUCAUGGGCACGAUGCGCAUCACGCUUCGGCCGAUGGCGACGGUCUGGCCUGGCUUUGGUGGUGUAUCGGUGUCCUUCAUCAGCCACCCGCGGAUGGAGUUUUCGCUCACAGCCGCAAAGAUCAACGUCACCAACGUUCCGUUCAUAUCCGACUUCUUGCAAACCUUCCUUCGCGACCUCAUUGUCAACAACAUGGUGUGGCCAAAAGUGCUCGACAUGCCCUUCUGGGACCCCGAGCUGUACCCGAUCGAAACAAGCAUAUUUCCGACGAAUAUGUCGACGUCCGCCGACGUGCGCUCGCCGUUGGCGUCGUCGUCCACGACCGACGACGAUUCAAAAGAGAAGGUACCAGCCACAAGCGUCUUUGGACCUGGCGUCGUUUCGCUCCACGUACGCAACUUGGUCGCGACGUUUGAUGAACCGGUCGAUCUCUACUGCAUCGUGUCGCUGGUGGAGGCCACCACCGAGCCGACGAGCCCCAUCAAGCUGCAGAGUACGCUGCACGGAACGUCGGCACCGCAAACGACGCACAAGACCGAGGUGCGCCCGCUGGACGAGUCUGCCCACUCGUGCGCGUUCGAUGAGAAGUAUGAGUUUUACUGGGCCAAACCGACGCGACCCACCAUGCAUGUUGAAGUUUGGCGCCACCAAAAGAGUCUCCCGGACGAGGUCGUGUGCACCUCGAUCGUUGACGUUGGCGCGCUCAUCGUAAAGCGGGACCACGAGCUCCGCGUCGACUUGAGCUGGCCGUCGGUCAAACCCGGGCAGCUCUACCUACGCGUGUGUCGGCGGCUCUUUUACUGCACCAAGAAAGCACCGACGUCGGCCCAAGGUCACCGCUCCACCAUCGAAGGGCUUGGCUCGGACGUGUGCGUCGGCAUGCUCCAAGUGACGCUCCACCACUCGGUUGAGCUCACACAAGAGGAUGGGACGGCCGUCGACAUGGACCCACCAGCCAUGCAUGGUGUCUUGACGUGCGACAACCAGAGCUACACGACAGCGCUCGUCAAGCAGCAAAAGUCGGUCGUCUGGAACGAGCAGUUCAGCUAUUUCGUCUACUCGGUGGAGACGGCGAGCUUGCACGUGGAGCUCUUUGCGCAGCCGCGGACGGGCACGGCGACCAGCCUCGGGCACAUUACGACGUCGGUCCUCGAACUCCGGAAGCGACUGCCCACAAGCGCAGACGUCGUCAAGGAGACGCUUCCGCUCCAAGAUGGUAUCCGUCCCGAGUACUCGCACGCGGUCACCAUGAGCGUUCAAUGGCGCCACCUCAUGAGCUAA